AUGUCAACCUCCGAUAAGAGAGACCGCGGCGACCGAACGCCCACGCGCGGUGGAAUGGGCAUGCGCACGGCGUCGUGGCGAUCCAGUAGGUUGAAGCCGGCGGCGGAUGAUUAUGGGUUUGUGAGUAAAGGAGAUAGUAGACUCCUAGACCACAAGAACCAAGAGAAAUACUACACCACCAUCGUCGAAAAAUACCUAAAAUUCUGCGGCUCCGCCGACAACUCCAAAACGCUCGACCACGCCCUCUCCACCGCCCUCAUCCUCCCCACCCCACCCAACACCGACCCCACCACCGCCGCCGCCUCCACAUCCAAAAACACCCGCUUCGCCGACCCCUCCAACAGCGUGCUCGCCUCGCUCCUCCUCUCCAUGCGCAAGCUGCGCGAGGGCCUUGUGGCCUCCUCCCGCCUCGACACCUUCACGGUCCAGGCGUACACGUUCAUCAUCCGCGCCAGCAUCCUCAUGGCGCACGCCGAGUCGUACCACCCGGCGCUGCUGCACCUGCUGUACACGCUGCACCCGCUGCACCCGCUGCCGCCCAUGGAGCUGCAGGAGUUUGCCGGCUACCAUAUGCUGCACCUUGCGUGCGGGCUCGAGGACUACGCCGGGGCGUAUGAGGCGGGGGUGCGGUUCGGCGUGACGGACUACCGGGUGAGGCAGGCGGUGGGCGCGCUAGUGCAUGGUGAUUAUUGGGGGUGGAGGGUGAUUAAGCGCAAGGUGGAUCUGUAUAAGGGGAGGCUGCUGGAGGGCGCGGAGAAGAGGGUCAGGGUGCUGGCGCUGAAGUGUGUGGGGAAGGCGUAUUUCACGGUGGAGGUGGGGUAUGUGGAGGCGGUGAUGGGGAUGGAGUGGGAGGAGGUGAGGAGGGAGUUUGCGGUGGGGUGGGAGAUGGGGGAGGGGGAGGUGCUGACGGUAAGGAGGCAGAAGGGGAGGGCGAAGCCGGCGGUGCAGGAGCCGGUUGUGCAGGCGCCGGUUGUGCAGAAGCCGGUAGUAGAGCCGUUGGCGGUGGAGCCGUCGGUGGACGUGGGGAAGAGGUGGAGUGCCUGGGAUGAUGAUUGA